UGUUGAUAUUGUACUGUUGAUUUUUAAGAUAAGUUAUUAUUUCUUAGUAAAAUUUUAGAUUUUGUGCAGUUAUAAGUUCUCUAGUGGAUACGAAUCAUAAGCUCGUAAAAUGCAUUGACGCAAAAUAAUGCGUACUACCUUUUCUAUGGACCAAUUAGAAUUAGAUUUGAGUUAUGGAAUUGAGUUUGGCGGAAUCCGACUGUUCGACAGUUCCGCGACGCGUGAUAAAAAAAAUGUUGCCAGAAGACGUUGGGCGAUCUUAGCGAACGCGUUGAAGAAGUCCACGGACGAGACGUCGGUCAGACGCAUAUCUUCUUUCGCGCUUUUAAGCACUCGACAGCUCACGGCGCCUCAGUACGACAAAGCGCAGGUCUCCAAACGCACCUGGUUCGAAUACUCGUUGAAAGUUAACGGACGCGCUUACUCACUUCACGUAGCUCAUCGCGACCGCGCUUUCUCCGCCGAAGACCUCAUGGGCUUCAACAACACAGGUAACGUGUGCAUCUGGCCUUCGGAGGAGGCGCUCAGCUACUACGCUUGCUCCAACCUGAACCUGUUCGACAGUAGACGCGUGUUAGAGUUAGGCGGCGGUCUUUCAUGUCUCGCCGGUUUGUACAUCGCCAAAUAUGGCAACCCGAAGGGCGUCCUCGUCACCGACGGUAACAAAACGUCGAUAGAAAACGUGCGGGUCAUUCUCCAGCAUAACGAGUUCGUCUGUCCAACCGACUGCGCCGUUUUAAAAUGGGGCGAGCCGCCGUCUCACGCGCACGAACAAUACGACAUCAUCAUAUCGGCCGAUUGUCUGUUUUUCGACGAGGCCAGAGCAGAUUUCGUGAAUUGUCUGAACGCGUACUUGGCCAGGGACGGGUUGGCUCUAGUGAUGGCCCCCCAGAGGGGCUCGACGUUGAAUAACUUUAUCCGGCAAUCGGAGGCAACCGGUUUGCUAUGCGACAAGAUCGUUAAUUAUAACCAGGCGAUUUGGGACAAGCGCGCGGCACUGAUGGAAAACCGAGACUAUGUAGACGACGUCCAUUACCCGAUCUUGAUACAAGUGACCAAAGCUUGAAGCUGCCUUAGAGUAUUUCGAACGGUAAUUUGGACGGUGUCGCGAGAUUUUUGGAGUGUAUGCGACCGAUGGCCCCCGGAGUCGUCUUGGGGUGAUUCGCGUGGGACUGUACAUAUUUAUUUUGUAGUGGGUAGUCCGUUUAUUGUAGAAUGACCUUUACCUCAGAGUCGGUAAAAAUAUCAAGAAUAUUUAUUGUUUAUAUUCACUUAUACUUUUAAAGUAUCACAUCGUUAUAUAUAUUAUAUAUGUAAUCUGUUCUCGCUCAGUUAAAAUUGGAUAAAUGGUUGAUUAUCCCAUCUUCUUUCUCCACACUACGUGCAGUUUGAAAAGAGAACGGAUGCGAAAGUUUAAAACAGUUGACAGUAAAAAAAACAUAGAAAAUGGUCUGGAACCUAGUCUAAAGUAGUCUAAAGAAAUAAUAAAAAUAAGUAUUAAAAAUCGAAAAAAACAUCAUAUUUCUAUAUACGAAUUGGAAGUCGCACAUCUAAAAUGUAUUAUUUUAAAUUUGAUUUAUUGAAAUAGUUGAGUGAGUAUAGGUUGAACUUACAUCCCUCAGAUAAAAGAUUUGAUUUGCAUCUAGUUGCUUAAUCAUGUUUAUGUAUCUAUAUAUGCCAAUAACUGUCAGAAAACUAUUUUUGACAAAACCAGGUUUUCAACUAUCGCGAUAACCCAUUCCAAAGAUACUGCGUAUAUAACUUUUUGUAGAAGCAAAAUCAGACGAAUUACCCUAAGAUAAAUGUUCAUCUCUAGAUCUAGAUUGAAUGAAUGCAUGGUAAGACAUCAGUGUAGUUACUGCUCACAUUUUUAACAAUUAGUGCAUAGCAGUAUUUUGCUAAGCUUGCUACCACACUUGGAUACGGGGCUUUCAUAUAUUUUAAGUCUAAGAAAGGAAAUAUACUCUGUUGUAUUAAUUUUAUGCGAUUAUGUGGAAAUGUUAGUCUAUACUGUGCAGCUUCCAAACACAACGCAUUGUGGUGUUGGCAUAUUUAAAAAAGCCCAUGACUGGAAAGGUACCGAUCGAGAAUAUCAAAAGCCUGUUUUGCAUUUACCUAUAUUUUAUCUGCGUCCUCUUCACUAUAUCAUCUGCAUACAUUACACUACGUUCACCAGUUAUGCUACACUUCAUUUGUGCACAUAAUAUACAACAGAAGGCCCGGAAUAGAACACUGAAAUAUCUUACGAUUUAGACUGUCAAAAACUUUUCUCGAGACACAUGGAAAGAGUUUACUUUUUGUCAUUAACUGACUGUCGUAUGCGGACAAAAGCUUGUUGGCUUCAAUUUUAGAUUUAUCCUUUCCCAACCCAUUCUAAUUAUUCGUAAGCACCGAUCGUCAUCAAAAAUCAAAAAUUCUUGUAUACUACUUUUAUUAAAGCAUUCUUUAAAAAAUCUUGAAAAAUGCCAGGUGCAAAUCAUUAAAAAGGCUCAGAUUUUUUUACUUUUUAAGCACUUUAUUACUGUAAACACUUCCUGUGGACAUGUUGGUUUUAGAUAGACUGGUGCAUCACCUAAGAACACUUUUGACGUUAAAAAAGUAUAAGUGAAUCCAAACAAUUUUAGUCAAUGUUUUUUUUUUUGAUAUUUUUACGCGUGAUAAGGUGUCAGUUUUGUUUUUUUUUAUUACGGGGAAUCAUACAAUUUGAAGGAUGUUUGGAAAAAAUGAAUAAUGAUUAGAUAUUUUUUGCCCAUUAUUGAAAAAAUGCCUACCUACUUACAGAGUCCAGCACCAAUAGAUAUGAAUUACGCAGAAAAUAGCAUAUGAAAAUAAACAUAUUAUUAUUAAAAUUUUCAAAAUUUUCAUUUGGUGGAUAAUGUCAAAACCACUUUGUUCGAUAAACCACAUACAAUUCGGAUGGAAGGUUUUUUAAAAUUUUUAUUAAUAGGCAUAAUCUCAAACUGUCGAAUGUCCUUUUUUUUUCGAUAGGGGAAAACCGGGUAAGAUGACGAGGUUAAGAAAAAACGUAUAUAUUAUUGGUUGUUUAUUAUAAAUUCUCACAAAACUUUCUCAUAACAAAAUCUUAGGAACUCCCUUAUCAAAAAUUAACAGUAUCGUAACAUCCAGUAAGCUCAAAAUAUUUAAAAUGUAUAGUUUAAAAGAAAAAUGCAAAUUCGUCUUUCCCAAUAUGUCGGAUAAGUUGGCGAAUGAAUGAGGAUAAGAUGACGAAUUAACAGAAGUCACAGACAAAGCAAUUUAUUCCAUCAAAAUUGGCCACUACGUCUGAAUCCAUUGAUGGCAUUACCAUGCCUUUUCGUAUGAGCGGCGAAAUAAGUCAGCAAUAUCUUUGUCAGUAAUUGUUUGCCCUGGAUGGUUUAUCAUGAAACAGUCGCACUCCUGACUAAAACAAGUUUUUAAGGGACCAAAAAAUGACACAUCGAUAGGUUGUAGUUGACGGGUUGUAUGUGGGGGAAAUCCGACCAUUAUAAUGCCAGAUUCCCUUGCAAAAUCGAUGGAUUGAAGAGUAACGUGGCUAUGAUGAUUGUCCACAAAAAGUAAAAUGGAUGCCUCCGGAGAGCAUUUCGCGUGUUGCUUGAAGUGUUUCAGGUAUUUUAGAAAUAUCUCCGAAUCCAUCCAUCUGUUUUUCUGCGCGCGUCCUGAUGACCCUGCAGGUGCUCCAUGAAGAAGUUCGUUUUUCAUGCGGACUCUGCCGAAAACAAAAAAAAGGUGGCGCAGACCGCUUUUGCCACUCUUCUAUGUCCAUGUGGACUGAAGACUUUGGGAAUUUUGGUGGGCACCGUAGAAGCACUAGUUUCAUCUGCAUUAUAAAUGCUUUCGGGUUUGAAGUGGUAUUUUGUAUAUAGUUCACUAACGAUAUCGAAGAAGAUGCCGACUGAUUAAAUCCCAUUAAUCUUGCCAACAACGUAGAUUCUGGUUUUCGCAAGCUUAAUUUCCAUUUUUUGGUAAAUCCAGCAGUCCAAUCUUUUCCGGCCAUCCCUUUUUCAGUCUUAAAACGAUAUUUCUCUCAGUUGAAGAAAUAUAAGUCCAAAGGAACGUUCAUUUACAAUUUUUAUGUAAUUAUAAAGUUCUCUAGAUUGUUCUUCCGAAAAGCUGUCUCUGAAUCUUCCACCAUGAACAGGUAAAUCUUAUUUCUUAUUGAAAUUGAAAACCGUUCCGCUACACUGUUGACAGAUUUGCCUUCUAAGACCUCAUUGAUGACUGCCUCUAUAUUAACAGACAGAACCAAUUACUGUACAAAAUUCGUUCAUAAAAAUACGUUGUAGGUAAGAUGACGAAUUCGUUGCGCCAUCUUACCCGCCACCAUCACAUAGAAUCAAAAAGGUCAAAACUAAUUCAAAAUCUAUUAUUUUUGGCAAACAACAAGACAAUAUUUUGCCUUAAACCUUAUGUUCGCUAUACAGAUUAAUUAAUAUUCAAAUACUUACAUUGUGAUAUCAUAAAACACUAUUUUUAAGGGCACAAAAAUUAUAACCUGAACUGUUCAAACGGAAAAUGUCAAACAACUCGAUCUGCAGACUGCAGUGCCAAGGCAAGUAUAAAAUUUAGUUCUGAAACUUAUUCCUAGAUGUCCGUAUAAGUUUCAUGAAGAAUUAUUUACAUUUUAGAAUUUAUAACGAAAGUCGCUUCGUCAUCUUACCCGGUUUUCCCCUACGUUAAAAUUUCAACCUUUCGUUGAUACGGAAUGGAUUUUGAAUAGGACAGUCGCGGUAAAAGUUUGAUAUUAUUUAGUGUGUCAAAUUGUUAUGAUCAUUCUAACCUAGAACGAGUGACGCUUAUUGCUCGUUUUUUGAAAAGUGGUUACAAUAAUUUACAGGUAUCAUUAAUGUUUUUGGUUUUGAAGCUGUUAAAAUUAAUGCGAUAUACACAGUGGUUCAAAAUGUUAUCAACGAUUUUCAAUGCGCAGGUCAGUUUUUUGGUUGCGAACCGAUUUAUGUAAAUUCACUGGAAUGGUUGACAAAUAAAUUAGCAUUUUUGGGGGUUGAUGGUUUUCAUAAUAGGAAGAAUACGUUAGUCGGGUAUCGAUUGUUCUUUAUUAUUUCCGGCGUUUUUUGUAUUUUCAAGUUAAUUUGAAAGAUUGUACUUGAUCAGUGUGUACAGUGCUAUAAGUACCCCGACAUAUUGUUUGCUUAAUACUUUGUACAAUUUUAGCCAAUUCGAUACAAAAAUACGUAAAGACUGAAUGUUAAUUACCGAUAUUUGGUAUAUAAAAAUGAGAAGGGUAGAUUUUGCGUUUAAAAGCGAAGACAAACGUCAGUAACUGAUAUUUUCCUGAAAAAGGCAACAAUACAUAUUUUAAAUAUUUGCGGUUUUAAUCGUUAAAACUAUAAAUGUCCUACCAUUCCUAAAUUAUUAAUAAAUUCACUCGAAAUAGAUGAACAGAAAUUGUGAAUUAUUUUAUAUUUUUAUGCAGAGCAGGUAGAAAUGCAUAGUUCAGCUGUAUAACUCUGUUAAAUAAUUUUUGUCCGCGUAUUUUACUUAUAUUUAUAAAAUGUAAGUACUAAAAGCAAAAAACCAGCUGAUUUUGGCUUUUCCCAAAAACUUGACAAUUUGACUACACGUCUUCAGUGGGACUGUUGUCGAAUAUUCAUUGCAAAAAUGAUAUGCAGAGUUAGAGUCGAUAAUUUAUGAAAUACAAGUUUCAAGCCGGUUUUUCCAUUAACGGAAAGAAUAAUUUCAGUAUAUUUCAGACAGGUAUAGAGUAAUUGAUUACCUAAAAAGAGGCUCUUUCAACAUUUUCAAUUUUGAUAAAAUGCAUUCAACUCUUCAAAAGUUAUUCACAUUGAUUUCCGAAAACGGUUCAAUACUCCUACCACUUUCCCUUAAGUGAUGGAGCAAAAACUAUUUAAAAAAGAAUCGAAUUUAUCCCAGCUUUACAACGGUGUCUAUUGUAUUUUUUUUAGUUGAAAUGUAAGAUUAUUUCUAAAAAAGCGGGAUUUAAAAUUCAAGAAUGCGAAUAUGCCGCCUGUCGGUCAUUCUAGAUACAGCAUUUUCUCUUGUUCGAUUUAGUUAUAACCGAAUAAUCUCGAUCGUGUCCUUAAUUGACCAGCCAGUACAUGGUAAUAGGCGUUAUAUUUUUUAUUAAAUAUUAUACAAAAAAUACACGAAAUAGAAAUCAUAAUAUUCUUUCUUCGUCGUCUCAGGAACUAUCAUUUCCUCUUGAGGAUCGAUCAAGUAAUCAAAAUUGAAUCUCACGUAUAGCUAACAGUUAAGCAGAACAGGACUGAAUUUCCCAUAUUAUUACUCUAUACUUUUCUGACUUAGCUUAUAGAUGUUCUAUUGCGCAUUUGCAGUGUUGCCAGUUUCUUAAUUUGCCACAAGUUUAUAAAAAAAUUUAUUUAAGCAAAUCAAAUUGUUGUAAUAGUUUCUUAAUGAAAUUUAUUUAUGGCUUUUGUCAGAUUUGAAAAAAUCAAACUUGCUGAAUAAAUUAUUGAAAUAUGUGCAGAAUACAGUUGGCGAUGGCUAAUUUGAAAUUUACUCGCUUAAAGGCGAGAACAGGAAACAAAUGCUAUACGAUUGGGAAAAGUUGUUUCCCUCGUCAAACUAGAAAAUUAGUUAAUACUAACAAUUGCCGAGCAAGUUAUCUAUGGCCAAAGGUAUUUUUAUAGUAUUUUUUUUAAUUUUAUUAUAAUUGUGACUUAUAGUUUCCCAAUCAAAUGUUUAUAUUGAGCUGUUUUUAUAAAACGCGAUCGUCAUUUUUAAGAAUACCAUGAUAUAGCUCUUGAUACAUAAUUUGGCUUUUUUUAGAGCAAGUCGUUUUGUGAAUUAGUUUUAAGUUCGAACCCUUAUGCACGUCUAGUCUGAAUAACCUUAUCUGUGAUACUCAAUACCAAUUUUCCCUUAUCAAAUUAGAAAACCCCUUAGUUGUAUACACCCGUAGCAAUGUAUCUAUUAUACUCGCUGAAAGAUAACAAAAAAAAGUGUUUUUUAUCUAAAUUAUAGUGAGUAUGUUGCUACAAUUUAAAUAAAUGUUCAA